UAAAUUUUCUCUCUUUUGAUGUCACCAAAUUCAUCAUCUUAUAUUCAUCAAGAGAGGUUGAAUUGGGUGGUUAUAUAUUUUUAAGAUUACAAAUCUUAUAUUUUAAGAAGACUUAUUUAUCGAUAUCUUUGAGUGUGUCUGUUAUAGCAGGUUAAUUAUACUUAUAGUAUUUGAAAUAAUGCUUGCUCUAUCUUCAUCAUUGAGCUACAAAAAUGAAAGGGAAAAUUAUGAUUUAUUCCAAGAUUUUCCCCAUGGGAAUUUAAUCAACACCAUCGAUUUCGAUGACCUUUUCGAUGAAAUCAACGAUGGAGAUUUGCUGCCAGAUUUCGAAAUUUUUGGUGAAUUUUCAGUUAUUAGUUGUGAAGAAUCUGCUACUCAUGGUAAUAUGAAAUUCAAGUCAAAAGAAGCUAAAAAAUCAUCUAGCCAAAUAAAAAAUCCUCAAGGAAAGAGGAAAGUAAAGGUGGAUUGGACUCCAGAGCUACAUAGGAAAUUUGUAAAAGCAAUAGAGAAAUUAGGUGUUGAUAAGGCAGUCCCAUCAAGAAUUUUGGAGCUUAUGUCUACUCAUGGUCUCACUAGACAUAACAUUGCUAGCCAUCUUCAAAAAUAUCGAGCUCAUCGAAAACAUUUACUAGCGAGAGAAGCUGAAGCGGUGAGCUUGAGCCAUAAAAAGCAAAUGUACAGCGGAACCGCCAUGAUUGGAGGUGGAGGAAAGAGAAUUUUGAUGAACCCAUGGCCUUCACCACCAACCAUGGGUUUUCCACCCAUGGCUCAUCAUAUUAAACCCUUACAUGUUUGGGGGCAUCCACAUGUAAAUAAUUCUUUUUGGCAUCCACAUUAUCAAAGGGUAUCAAAUUCUCUUGCACCAGGAACUCUUUGUUUUCCUGCGCCAAUAGCACCCACGAGAUUUGCAGCACCUCUUAUGGUCCCAGGCAUCCCACCACCCCAUCCCAUCAUCAGAGUUGACACAAUUUCCUCUGAUUUGCAUCCCUCAAACGAGAGCAUAGAUGCAGCUAUUGAAGAUGUUUUAGCAAAGCCACAAUUGCCACUUCCCAUAGGACUGAAACCUCCAUCAAUUGACAGUGUGUUGAAUGAAUUACAACGUCAAGGGAUUACCAAAAUACCCCCAACUUGAUUUUAUAAUAAUUUCGAGGUGUUUUUUUUUAGCGGGGAUUCUCUCGAAAAAAAUCCUUAAAUUCGACGAUAUUUCUUGCACUUGAUGUAUCAACAAUGAAGAAAAGAAGAAAAGAAAAAAAGUAUUCAAAGGUCUUUGUUAUUUAACGUGAGAUAAAGAAUUACUCCCUCCGUCCCAUUUUAUGUGGUAACAUUUGA